AGGGACUUGGUUUACAACACGAUUCUUUUUUCUUCUGGCCGUGAUUUCGGGAAUUUGUUUGGUGUUAACGGAUCAAAUCAGCUCGGAACCUUGUUAAGACACUGAGAGGAAGAUGCAGGAUGACGCACGCUACCUCAAACGCAAAGUGACUGCUGGCAGUCUGGAUGUCCACCCCACAGAGAAGGCGCUCGUGGUGCACUAUGAGGUGGAGGCAUCCAUCCUGGGAGAGGACGGAGGGCCAAUGCUCGGCGAGCGCAAGGAGGGACAGAAAAUUAUCCGUGUGAAGAGUCUGAGCCCGAGCACAGAUGUGGGGGCGCUGGCUAAAAAGGUGGUGGAGGAGUGCAAACUGAUCCCAGCCUCACGCCUGCCGCAGGUGGAGCAGCUGCUGUACUAUCUGCAGAACCGCAAAAGUUCCCCAGUGGAAGGACGAGGGGAAAAGAAAGAAAAAAGGGUUGCAAAGCCCAGAGAACUGGCACCAUUUGAAGGGAUGGAGUUGAAUGAAGAAGCCAGUAUAACUAAAGUUGAGGAGUAUGUUGAACUUCUGUAUGAAGGCAUCCCAGAGAAGAUCCGAGGCUCCGCCCUUAUUCUGCAGCUGGCCCGUAACCCUGACAACCUGGAGGAGCUGCUACACAAUGAGGCUGCUCUUGGGGCUUUGGCCAGAGUUUUGAGAGAAGACUGGAAGCAAAGUGUGGAGCUGGCAACAAUCAUUAUCUACGUCUUCUUCUGUUUUUCCAGUUUCUCACAGUUUCAUGGAGUGGUGAGUCAUUAUAAGGUGGGCGCGUUGUGCAUGAGUGUCAUAGAACAUGAACUGAAGAGACAUGAUGUGUGGAGAGAGGAGCUGCGUAAGAAGAACAAAGCCUGUGAGUCAGCUCCAGAAAACGGUUCCCUUCGACGAGACCAAGACAAAGCCACAAGAAAAUACCAGAGCCUAUUGGCCAAACAGGAACAGCUGCUAAGAGUGUCUCUGUAUCUGUUGCUGAACUUGGCGGAGGACACGAGGACAGAGCUGAAGAUGAGAAAUAAAAAUAUCGUGGGUCUUCUGGUCAAAGUUCUGGAGCGGGAUGACGAGGAGCUGCUGGUUCUCGUGGUGUCCUUCCUCAAAAAGCUCUCCAUCUUCCUGGAGAACAAGAAUGACAUGGCGGAGUUGGACACGGUAGAGAAGCUGUCUCGUCUGGUCCCCUGUGAACAUGAGGACCUCCUGAACCUCACGCUCCGAUUGCUCCUCAACCUAUCCUUUGACUCCGGACUCAGAGCCAAGAUGGUGGAGGUGGGACUGCUGCCCAAACUCACCGCGCUCCUGGGAGAUGAGAACAACAAGCAGGUAGCCAUGCGCAUCCUGUACCACAUCAGCAUGGACGACCGCUUUAAGGGGAUGUUUGUGUACACGGACUGCAUCCCUCAGCUCAUGCAGAUGCUGUACGAACAUGGAGAGGAGGAGUUUGAAAUCGAACUCAUCUCCAUCUGCAUCAACCUGGCAGCCAACAAGAGGAACGCACAACUCAUGUGUGAAGGCAACGGUCUGAAGAUGUUGAUGAAGAGGGCUCUGAAAAUGAAAGACUGCCUCCUGAUGAAGAUGAUCAGAAAUAUCUCUCAACACGAUGGCCCCACUAAAGCAUUAUUUAUUGAUUAUGUGGGGGACUUGGCGGCAGAGAUCCGUGCGGAGGAGGAGGAGGAGUGGGUGGUGGAGUGUUUGGGGACUCUGGCCAAUCUCACCAUCCCCGACCUGGACUGGGAACUGGUGCUCAAGGAAUACAACCUGGUGCCCUACCUCAAAGACCGACUCAAGCCCGGCUCUGCUGAAGAUGAUCUGAUCCUGGAGGUGGUGAUCAUGAUUGGAACGGUUUCCAUGGACGACGCCUGUGCCGCCAUGUUGGCCAAAUCCGGCAUCAUCCCGGCGCUAAUAGAGUUACUGAACGCCCAACAGGAGGACGAUGAGUUUGUGUGUCAGAUCGUGUACGUCUUUUAUCAGAUGGUCUUUCACCAGGCCACACGAGACGUCAUCAUCAAAGACACACAGGCUCCUGCUUAUCUGAUCGACCUGAUGCACGACAAGAACGCUGAGAUCAGGAAAGUCUGUGACAACACGCUGGACAUCAUCGCUGAGUACGAUGAGGAGUGGGGCAGGAAGAUCCAGUCGGAGAAGUUCCGUUUCCACAACAACCAGUGGUUAGAGAUGGUGGAGAGUCGGCAAGUGGACGAGUGUGAACCUUAUCUCUAUGACAACGACAACGACAACGACCGCACGGACCUCUUCUACAGCGCAGAUGGGAUAACUCCAGGAGACGGCUCGGUCAGCCCAGAUUUCUUUGGAGAUUUUCAGCCGACCAAUGGAGACCUGCACCUCGGGGAUGGUCCAGACGUGUUUGACCAGACCACCUCGUCUCCGGGGCGACCAGUCACAGCGUACGGUUUCAGACCUGACGAGCAGCCUUUCUACAACUAUUCUUAAGCUUUCUCCACUAACAGGCCCAAUCACUCCUUAUACUCACUAUGACUCCUGUUGACUGUAGAUACACUGCACCACGAGCUUCAAAACUCCCUCAGACACGACUUACUGUUUAUCUUAGAGGUUAAAGUCGACACACUAACAUUUCUACAUAUGUGAAUUUGGACACAGCUGUUCAACUGGGCUAUUGUAAUCUCUUAGACUUUUGCAAAAUUGCUUCACACUUAAUUCUAUGUCUGUGCCAAUUCUAGACAACGUUUAUUUAACACUUAAAGGCCCUGUACCUGAUUUUUACUGUCUUCAAAACAUGAAAAGCAGAACUAGGUUCAUCUUAAAUAGUUUGCUGUGGCCCGAAAUCUUUCAUAAUGAAUUCUUAGGAUUCUAUUUAUUCACCACAGUGAGUUUAGAACUUUUCACAACUAUUGACCAGAGUGGACUUUUGUCGUCACAGUAAUUCUAACAGCAACUAGCAUACUAAUGGCACACUUCCUUGUUUAGGACGAUAAAAACGCUUAAGCAUACACUGGUCUCAGUUUGACCUUAAGAGCUGAGUUUACAAUCAGAGUCUCUUUAAGGCAUAUUGAUCAAACUUAUAUAUGAUAUGAGUAGGGAUACACUACAAUAGUAAUAUAUGAAACACCGACUUGCAUUAGUUUGACUGUGCGGUAGAAAUGCUAACCACUCUGCCACUGCAUAGAAUGUUGCUGACCCCUUUUUGUAAUGAAGAACUCCCCAAAACAUGUUCUCUUUAUGUUCGCUGUGUCCUACCAUCGCAGUAUUAGUCUAUUUCUACUUAUUGUUUUUAACGAAUCUUACAUUUCUUUAUCAUUUCAACUUUGCAAAAAUGUCACUGGAUAAUUGUGAAACUUUUAACACUGGACGUAAUCUGAAUUUUGUGUGACACUGUAGUAACUUUUUGGUUGGGGGGGUCCGUCACCUGCUUGUUUCUAUGGAUACGUCAUUGCUCUGCCUGGAAUGUUCCGUAUGACUUUAAACAGCUCUAAUUUGCAUUUAUUUAAUUACAGGUGGUUUUACUUCUCAAAAAUACCUAGAAAAACAGGCAUUCUAAUGGAGCGGGGUCGCCUCUCCACAGAUCUGACCUGUAACUUGGUCUGGUUUGGUCUUUAUGAAGAUAGAAAAGUUUAACGCCAUACUGUGGAACAUUCCAGACAAAGCAAUAACAUUUCCAUGGAGAAAAGUAUUUGACAGACAAUACACCGGAAAAGUUACACAAUGUGCUUUAAGGUCCACAUAUUGGCUGCUGACUAAACAUGAAUAGACAUAGUUAGUGGUUAUUUAACCCUUUUUGAUACAUUUAUGUAAGACUUGGCCAAUCUUACUAUGAUAAUGGUUAAUGUAGUAACACCUGCUUUAAUGGGACAAAACUAACUAAUCACUGAAUGCUGAAUCCUGGACUUAGACUUUUAACUAUUAGCUAACCAUUAAAACUGCACUGUGUAACUUCUGGUUAGGGUCCGCCACAUGCUUGUCUCCAUGCAGAUGUUAUUUCUUUGCCUUGAAUAUUCCACAGUAGGACAUUAAACAUAUCUCCCUUGCAUUUGUUCAAUACAUGCAUCACGAAUUUUGGACUUCUGUUCAACGCACAACUCAUACUGGGAAGGAUCCUCCGAAAAAGUGAGCACUCCACUUACAAAAUGUUCCCUGCAAACUCAGGAUGAUUUCUUAGACAAAGGCUUCCUUAUUGGUCCUUCCUGUGGAUCAAUCCUGCCCAUUGUCUUCGCCUUUCACUGUUUUUCAAUUCCGUUGGGAAGGGAAACAGUUUGAAGGGAGGUUUGCAGUCACACAUCUGAUUCUCUUUUGCAUUUAUGGAGUUCCAGUGCCCAUUUUCCGCUGUUAGGAUCCAACAACCACACAAUUACGAUGUCUGAAUCCCAAAACUAAAAUAUGACAAUAUCAGAACCAGAAACAAAAGUGAUAUGGUUCAAAAGACUUGAAAAGAUUGACUUUGUCAAUAGACGCAUCCCACUGGGAAAUCAAACAUGGCGGAUUGAUGCUCACUUUUUUUGGAAAAUCCUUCCCAGUACGUAUUGCACAAUGACCGGAAGUGCAAAAUUCAUGAUGCUUGUAUUACAGGUGCUUAAAAAAAUCUUAAACGUGAAUUCUUAUCAUGUGCAGGCUUGCUUCUCCUUUAUGAUUAUUCUGUUAUUGUUGUGUUAUAAUCCAGGCAAAACAGUAAUUUCUCAAGCAAAUGGCAGGCCGUCCACCAGAAAAGUUACACAGUGUCCAUGCACCUUUAAUAUGUGGUCCUUAAACUAAAGCGUUACCUGUUUGAGUUUUUUUUUUUUUUUUUUUUUUUAUAUUGUGAACUAAAUAUCCAGAUAUUACUGAGAACCGUAACUAACUAAACCACUAAUGUACAAUGACAUUUUGAAAGUCUUCUCUAUGUUUUUAGUGAAUGUUUACACAUCUUUGACUUUCCAGCACUGCGGCAACGUACUGUACUGUGCCAUUUAAAGAACUCUAUCUUUAAUGAGGGGGUAGUAUGCAAAAUGGACUGUUAGAGACUUCAUGUUAUAAUGUUGUUACCUCAUCAAAAAUUCAUGCAUGUUUGAGUAAUCUAGUGAUCUCUCCCGGGCCCUAUUUGAAUCCUCCUGACAGUAGCUGUAAGAUUCUGUCCAAUGCUCUGCCCACAACGUCAUAACAAUUCUGCAAAAAUCUACAAAAACAUUAUACAAAACUGCACAGUAAAAUCAGCUCUGAAGGGGAGAGACUUAGAGUGGAGAGCAAGCAUUUUCAAACAAUAAAAGGUAAUCUGGUGAUCUAAAUAUGUUAUGUGUUAACAGUUAAUACCCCCUCUUUAAUAUGACAUAUAUUGUAUUAUUAUUUAUAGGCAUUUUUGCACACUUUAGACUGCAUGUUAUUAUUAUGUUAUUAUCAUGCAAUAAGUUAUUGUUUGUAUAAUGUAUGCUGAGUUUUUUUUAAUUAUUAUUAUUAAAUAUCGUUGCUUCUAUCCUCACUGAUAUAAACUGAAAACAUGUACCCGGACAUACAUUUCUGGUCUUAUUGUAUGUUGUUGAAAUAUAAGAAAAGACAUUCCAAAUAAAACAUGUAAUAUACAAAA